UCAGCUUUCAGCAUGAAAAAAAAACUGAGAUAACCUUUUAUUCCGCUGGAUAUAAAAUAUCAGUGUCAUAAUAAAAUCCAAUCCAGUUUCAUCUAUGUCAGUUGGAAAUCAUCCUCGAGUUACAUUGCAGUGAAUCGUCUGAAGUGUCUUCAAUUGUAAUAUUAAUUCAGUUUUUUUUGGAAGCAUACUGAGAUCUAAAAUGAAGAUUCUUCUUAUUGCUCUUGCGCUUUUUGGCGUCUGGAUGUCGGUAGAUAGUGCAUCUAUUAUCACACCCGACGCAAGUAUAUGGUCUAGCAACGUAUCAAUGACACAGAUGCAAAACGAAUGCGUUGAUAAGAUUUCACAGGAUGAUGAUGUAGUGUUCGAUAUCUUAAAUAUGAAGUUCACUUUCUUGACCAUAUUCAUCAAAAUGACACAGGAAAUUAGAAGAGAGAAUACGCUGGAUUCGUUAGAUUCCUUGGUCAACAAUAGUUGUUAUCCAGCCGUGGACGAGGAUAAGCUAUAUUCUUUGAUGAUGAACGUCGCCCGACUCUGUUUGAAUAAAAUUGAUGAUUUCACUAAUGAAGACAGGCAGCUGAUUAAAAAUAAAUUGGAGCGAGUAUUCUGCUCUAUCUACAUGAAACUUGCUGCAAUCAUAACUUUCUCGCCUGAUUGCAUAAGUAAUCCGACAACACUGAAUGAAAUGUCGAAGUGUGCUCAAGGGAACAUUGACGUCGACUCGGAAAAGUCAUUCCGGGACUGGUUUUUCGGUGAUGCUGAAACUUGCAGGAAACAAUCGAAUGUUUUGGACUGCGUAAAUCAAGCUGUAAAAGGGCAAUGCACUGCCGCUAUUUCCGAAAAAAUCGAAUCCACAUUGUACGAAGCUCGAAGUAUUAUGGGAUGCGAAUCUGAACCGAAUUCUGUUGACGUUAUUAAUUCUUUGUAGUAAUAGAACUUAUUUAGUAACAUUUUUUAUAAUUAGAAUUAAAAUUAUUGACUCUUGUCCACACCAAAUGAGAUAUCUAUAUGUAAAUUUUGAAAAGUAAGUUAAAACAAAUACUUUCUUAUGAUUAUAAAAAUUUAGUUGCAGGCAAUAUCUCAGGUUGUGAUGUUAACUAUUUGAUUUUAUUAAAAAAUGUCGGUAAGAUUGGUGUUUACAUCUAAUAAAUACCAAUGGAGUAAGACUGCGCUGCGAUCUACACUAAAGAUAAUCAAUAACUAGUUAUACUCUAUGGUAAAAAACUGGCAGUCGCUAACAGACUCCGUAAGUAAGUUUGCUAAGCAGCGAUGUAAGUACCUCAUCAGCAGUCGGCAAUGUUGAAGUUUUAUUUAUUUUUAUUUUUUUAUUUUCAUUUUCCUACUUUGAAGAUUUAAUUCUAAAAUGAUCUGAAACAAAAAAAAUGUAAUCUGUUUUAAAAUAUCGCAAAAAGUUUGAAUGCGUCACUCAUUCUAGAACCGUAUCAUUUUUUUAAAGAUUUCUAAAAAAUUCAAACACAUAUUCUGCGAAAAGAAAGUUUUUAAAGUUGUUUUUUAUGAUCAGCUUUGUUUAAUACAAUAAUGCAAUUAGGUAUUUAAAAAUAAACUUAUUUGAAUUUUGUAAACGGUUUUGUAAGACCAAUCCGUCUCUCUUUUAAUUAUUUGUUUGACGUGAGACCUACAUAUAUACCUGAAUCAUUAUUAUUGUAUAUUUAUGAAUGAGGAAAAUAAUAGUGAAGUAGGAUGUUACGUUGUCAAAAUAAAAAAAAUUAUUCAUA